GAAAGCCGCCGUGUUCUCGUUUUCCUGACAGCCCUUGGCUUCUGUGGUCUCCUUUUCUUCCCCAGGCCACUCCAGCAGACAUGUUUGCCAAGGCCUUUCGGGUCAAGUCCAACACGGCCAUCAAAGGGUCGGACAGGAGAAAACUUCGGGCUGAUGUAACAGCUGUUUUCCCCACUCUUGGGACGGAUCAGGUGUCUGAGUUAGUACCUGGGAAGGAAGAGCUCAACAUUGUGAAGUUGUAUGCUCACAGAGGGGAUGCAGUGGCUGUGUACGUGAGUGGUGGUAACCCCAUCCUAUUUGAACUGGAGAAAAAUCUAUACCCGACAGUGUAUACCCUGUGGUCUUACCCUGAUCUUCUACCAACAUUUACAACAUGGCCUCUGGUGCUGGAAAAACUGGUGGGGGGAGCAGAUUUGAUGUUGCCGGGACUAGUGGUGCCCCCUGCUGGUCUGCCUCAGGUGCAGAAGGGUGACCUCUGCGCCAUUGCCUUGGUGGGGAACAGAGCCCCCGUUGCCAUUGGAGUCGCCACCAUGUCCACAGCCGAGAUGCUGGCUUCAGGCCUGAAGGGCAAGGGCUUCUCUGUGCUCCACACCUAUCAGGACCACUUGUGGCGAUCUGGAGACAAGUCUUCCCCACCAUCCAUUGCUCCACUGGCCCUGGAUCCCCCAGAUCUUGGUGAAGAGAAGGGGUCUGUCCAGGCAGACGCCACCCUGCAGGGAGACAUGAGGCACCUGGCCCUGGAGGGAGAGGAGGAGGAGGAUGAAGAGGUUCAGCAGAUGUGUGGGGAGAAGUCCCAAUCAGAAGCCACAGAGGACCCCAGUGUUGGGGGCCUGAACCCAGACCCCACAGACAGCAAGACCCUUCAAGAGCAAAUGGACGAACUGUUGCAGAGAUGCUUCUUGCAUGCUUUGAAGUGCCGCGUCAAAAAGGCCGACCUGCCUUUACUCACCAGCACGCUCCUUGGCAGCCACAUGUUCUCCUGCUGCCCUGAAGGACGACAGCUGGACAUCAAGAAGUCAAGCUACAAAAAGCUCUCUAAGUUCCUGCAGCACAUGCAGCAGGAGCAGAUUAUACAGGUGAAGGAGCUGAGCAAAGGGGUGGAGAGCAUUGUGGCUGUGGACUGGAAGCACCCAAGGAUCACAUCUUUCGUCAUACCCGAGCCCUCCCCGACCUCCCAGACAAUCCAGGAGGGUAGCAGGGAACAGCCCUAUCACCCUCCAGAUAUAAAAUCCCUCUACUGUGUCCCAGCCAGCAUGACCCUGCUCUUCCAGGAGUCUGGCCACAAGAAGGGGAGCGUUCUCGAGGGCAGUGAGGUCCGAACGAUCGUCAUCAACUACGCCAAGAAAAACGACCUGGUUGAUGCAGACAACAAAAAUCUCGUGAAAUUGGAUCCCAUCCUAUGUGACUGCAUCUUAGAGAAAAAUGAGCAGCACGCAGUCGUGAAGCUUCCAUGGGACAGUCUCCUGAGCAGAUGUUUGGAAAAAUUGCAGCCUGCUUAUCAAGUGACCUUUCCAGGACAAGAGCCCAUUGUGAAGAAAGGCAAAAUUGGCCCAAUUGACAUCACCCUAGCACAGAGAGCUUCUAAUAAGAAGGUGACCGUGGUCCGGAAUUUGGAGGCCUAUGGUCUGGAUCCAUGCUCAGUGGCUGCCAUUCUCCAGCAGCGAUGCCAGGCCAGCACCACCGUCACCCCUGCCCCUGGGGCCAAGGACAGCCUGCAGGUCCAGAUCCAGGGAAACCAGGUCCACCACCUGGGCCGGCUGUUGCUCGCUUCUGUUUUGCAGAUGAGGGAACUGAGAUUCAGUGCUUUGUGCUGCAGCAUUCAACUAUUGAACGUGCAGCUGGGCUCUAAACUUCGUGACUCUGUCAGACUCCACAGCCGAGGUUCUUUCUACCAGUCCUGAGUCACCCAGCCUGCAUUUUGUCCUUGGUUCAAGCUACCUGAGUCAGCUUUCUAAAACAGGCGUGAUCACAUCACUCCUCUCUAAAAACUUUUUAUGUCUCUUCAAUGCCUUCAGAAUAAACUCUUAAGCUCAGUAAACAAGACCAUCCCAGUCCAACCCCAGUCUUCCACGCAGGCUCCCCGACAGGUCCCUGGUCCCCACGCCAGGCCUCAGCCGUGCUGGCCUCCGGGCUGUUUCCCAUGUGCACCCGCAGUUCACACAUGGGUGCUUUUCUCUGUGUCGCCCCCUCACCUCCCGUGCCCUCCCACAGCCUGACCUUAAAGGCUCCUUGGCCCAGCUCAAGGGUCACAGGAAGCCUGUCUUACAUGUCUCUCUCUCUCUCUUUUUUUUUCUGUUUCCUUAAGUUCACAUUUAAAACUGCUAACAUACCACUUUCCAGUUGUGUUUACAUUUCUGAUUACUGUCUGUAACUUGGCUAAUUGGUUCUGUUGUCUGAACUCCCUGUUAGACUGAGCAUCUUGACUCAGAGAUCUAAUUCCCUUUUUCAUCCUUUUUUCAUACCCAGGGCCUGGCACAUAGCAAAUAUUCAAUAAACAAAUUUAUUUCAUAGUCUAA